AUGCAGUUAUGUCUUCUCAUCUUAGCAAUUAUAUUCAUAUCUUUCAUUGAUUCAGUGGAUUGUAGACUACCUAGAGCUAGAUUUCGAAAGCGGGGACCAUCUGGCUUCUCGUUGGCCAGGAUUCAGAAGCAGUAUGACGAUGAUUAUGACUCAACGGAAGACUCGAGUUCCAGCAGAAAAAGUACACUGGACGGUUCUCGACGGAGAGAUGAAGUGGUGAACGAUGCAAAGUGUUUGCAGAGAUGUAAUAAUCAGUUGAACAUCGGAAUGGAUAUGGUCAAUGCUCACAUGGCAUUCGGAAGUAUCGACGUGCCUAGUGUAGUGGAGAAACGAGAUUUGGAAAUGUUUUGUAUGCUUGACUACCAACACAGUCAAUGCAUCGACGAGUGCGGCUAUUCAGUUCAAUUUAAUCUUCGAGAAUAUGUCUGUAGAAAUCGGUUCCCUGAGAUGUUGCAACAUCUUCCAUGCUACGCCCGUGCUGCCCCCGCCCUCAUUCGUCAUUGUCGUCCGAGAUGUGGUGGCUAUAAAGCUCUGGUACACACACAGGAUGGCUAUUCGCAGAGAUGCCGCCAACUUCUAUGUGAUCACACAUGCUCGACAUACAUUCUGAAGAGGUUGUGUCCGAAUGAAACGGGUGUUUCGGCUUCUAAUUACCUUCUGGAGUUCACCAGACUCCAGGUUGACUAUUGGAUGAAGGACUUCACAAAACAAUCCAAGUCUAGAAUCCCCCUAACUUGCAGAAAAGUGCAAUGUAAAGAUUUCAAACUGGCCAAUUGUCGUCCGCAGAGACGAUACAGAAAACGAGUUGUUGAUAAUUAA